GACGAGAUGUCAUUUUAUGACAUAGAAAAUUGCUCUACCGGCAUUUUGAACUGCUUUAAUUGAAAACAACUGUUCAAACGAACCGAUUCGCGAAACUGACAAGUUGAUUCCGGUUGAUUCAGUUGUGAGCAUUAGCAGUCGUGCGUGUUUUAGUUUGCCAUCUAGCGUUUUGGAGGUUAUUACAGAUGUUUGGCAGUAUCUCUGCUGCUGCCAUUGGUCGGGUCUCCAAUGAACAAGCAAAUUUGUCACAACCGGCAUCAAAAUAUCCUUAGUCACUCUGUGACAAAGCUGCCUUUGAAUGCUGCGUCGGACCUGUUCAAUAUUUUCUUAAAAUAAUUUAAACUCAACACGAAUGCGUCCCUUGUGUGAAUGUUUAAUGCGAUGAUGGGAAUUUGAGCCAGCAAAACAGCGAAGUCUUGUUUUUCUAGUUCGGACGGAGUGAGCAAAACUAAGUUUCAGUUUGCUAGCAGUAGCAUUGGGUUUUUGUUAGUAAACACACGUUUGUCUAAAGUCGUCGCGAUGGCUGAUGGAAGUUCUUACAACGUAAAUUUGUACAUUUAUGACCUGUCAAAAGGACUGGCCCGUCAGCUGAGUCCCAUGAUGUUAGGAAAGCAAGUUGAAGGAAUAUGGCACACAUCAAUAGUGGCUUAUGGGGAAGAGUUUUUCUUUGGAGGAGGAGGCAUCACAAGCUGCUAUCCGGGUGGUACUAUUCUAGGCGUGCCCGAUUCCACAGUGAACCUUGGAGACACCGAAGUUCCCCGGGACCUCUUUCUGGAAUAUCUGUCUUCUCUCAGGGAGUCUACUUACAGGCCUGAAAAAUACCACCUUUUUGAACACAACUGCAACACCUUCAGUGCUGAGAUUUCACAGUUUUUAACAGGAUCAAAGAUUCCCUCAUACAUCACUGACCUCCCGUCUGAGGUGCUCGCUACACCUUUUGGACAAGCGCUCCGUCCUUUUCUAGAUUCCGUCACUAUCACUCCAUUGGGGAACAAUGGCAUGAAUGGAUAUGGCCAGAGGUAGAUUGGGCUGCAUCUAGGAAUGUAUUAUUACAACAUUUAUAAAGAGUCACAUAGUGCCUUUUCAGAUAAAUAGAAUCGUGUAGACAAAAAUAGCUCUUAUAUAACAGCAGGUCUUCCAGUUUUUCUGCUCAGUGCCUUUUCAUAAUGUGACUACUUUUCAGUCUAUUGAACUUUUUAACAUUUCCUUCAGUGAUCUUUGAUGCAUACAGAUGCACCUAUUAGUCUGUAUAGUUGACUUUUCAGUACAGCAUUUACAGCUCUGAUGGCAACAAAACCAAACCAAAAAUAUAUAUCUAUAUUUUAUUAAACUACAAGUAAUAUAUAAAUAGAUUUAAUGUGCCAAAGCAAAUUCUAGUAGGAUUCCCCUCAUCGGUCUGCAGGUGUCUCUGUCCUACCUCAACAACAUCUGCAACUUCAGAAGCUUUGAGAGCAAUAAAUGAUGAGAAUAAGGUCACUGAUUUUUAAAAAAUAUGCUAUUUUGAUUGAUGUUGAAUGUAUAGAAAAUUAGACAAUUCAUUCGUCUUUACUGUUAAUAGAGGUCAUAAUGUGCACUACUCAUUUCCAGUCAGUCCCUCCAUACAUGUUUAAUCAGUCACUUCCUUUGUACUUUGCUGAUUAUUGAUUCUUUGUUUUGUAAAUCUAAACCUUCCCAAUCCUAGAAUGCCUUGAAAAUAUACAAUAUACACUCAAGAUGGUUUAAAGAGAUCAGUGUUAUAGGAAACACAAUAAGUGUGACAAACCUAAUGAGUGUUUUUAAAAUGUGCAAGUAUGACCAGCAAUGGAUGUUGUAUUUCUCAAGUUUUUGACUCCUGUCAUUUUUAAAAAAAAUGUUACUCUGGUUGUAAAUGGUCAAACUCUCCUAAGUCCAUAGAAUCGGUGUAAUCAUAAACGCAUUACAGCGCCAUUAGUAAUUUAAGCUAAAAAAUAACAUAAUUUUAGAUUAAUUUCUAACUUGAUAUUUUAUAUAUGGUAAACAUUCAUUAUUCAUAGUAAAAUAUGAUUUAUUUCAUUUAGUUCAGGUUGUGCUGUCUGACGUAUCUGUGUUCCUGUUGUUCUGUAAAUAUAUAUGAGCUCUUUAUUCCUUUCUGCCUCAAAACCGCAUUUAUGUAUUUAUGAGUUUAAUAUCAUUGUGUCCCUGUUUGAAAAACAUUAAAGACAAUAUGAAACUAU